AUGGCGGACAAAAAGCCGCUGUGUACUCCAGCGGAGCUUAUGCUGAAAGUCAUUUUGGCAGGAACCUUGAGCCACUAUGAGACCCGCGGGAUGAUCGACGACAAGCGUCUGGAACACAUGCUCGCCGCUGGAAAGCAGAUCCUGUACAAGACACACCAGGAAAGCGAAGUCAGACAUAAUCUCGGCAUGUCCCCUGACAUUUGGGCGGGACUCACGGAUGUACUCACCAAGGCGAUUCCAGUCCUUGAAUCGCAGUCUUUCGCAUGGAAGAGCCCCAGAGCUGCACUUGAACAUUCGUCGUCAAACCUCAUUGCAUACAACUAUUUCUCGUUAGUGAAGGAUAUCGAACGUCUCAACGACCUGUGCACCAUUGCGCGCAACCUACUUGCGACAACCAAAAAAGCACAGAACCUGGCUGCUGAGAAGGGCUUCGACCAGCGAAUUCUGGCACUGAUCGAUACAUGUGUGCGGGUCACGGCAAGGGGAUUCGAUGGCGAAACAAACCCACGAAACGAGGAGCGCUGGCAAAAAGUGGUAAACCUGUACAAGCGACUCCUUAUAACGUGUCUCCAAUACCUCCACAACUUCAUCAUGCACAAUGAACAUCGAAAAAUGGUGCUGUGGUUGGAUCUAUUUGGCUACCACUCGACCGCCGACACGAACAUAAUCCAACCCAAGGAGGCUCUGGACUCCACGGCACGCAUCGAAGGAGUUGCGCCGAUUGUGAAGAUCGGAGAACGGGUCAUCAACCCUCCCAUUCGCGCUCUCUAUGACCAGACUGCCGAAGAUCUGCUUUUAGAGACUAUUGCGAAGUUCCCCCGCGAGCCCUCCACCAUCAAGGAGGAGGCUGCGAUGUUGCUUCUUGCGAAUAUCAAGGACCACAUGGAAAAGAUCCUGGGGCGAGACUUGACCGACAUACAAGAGAUGGGCCGAGACCCCGAGCAGGUCAAGUACAUUCGGGCCGCGUUAACUUCUAUCCUGGGAGCUAAGGUUGAUGGGUGGUCUGACCUGCAGGAGAGGGCUCGCGAAUUGCCGCCUGCUCUCCCUGAAGAGGAGGAGCACGAGGCUACCAAGAAGAAAACGAUCCUCACAAUCGAUCGCAGCAUGACUGCUGGGUUCCCACGGCUGUGCUGGGCUGAUCUGCCCGAAGUGAACGACUAUUCUAUAGACGCGCCAGUAACGGAGGAUGAUACCAGUAUGCCUCGAUCAUCUCAGUCGGCCGCCGAGACACUGCAGGAGGCCAAGGAUGAACUGAUGGCCCGGCUGCAAGAGGCUUCCCAAAUCGGCGAUGAUGGCGCCGAUUACGAUCAUGGCGACGCAGGGACUGUGGGCGAAGAUGAUGCGCAUAGCCUGGAGGGCCACGCGGAUGGAAGUGUUGACGAGGAUGAAGAGGAGGAUGACGAAGAUAUCGACCGGGGUGAUGAUGGUGGCGAUGUGGAUGAUGACGAGGAUGAUGAUGACUAUAGGGGUCGCCCUGGCGAUCAACAACGCGGCCUGUUGACCGAUAUCCCGCUUGUUCUGGGCCCCGCCGAAAUUGAAGCGUUGCCUAUGAUCAUCCAGGCAGGCAUUGUCGACAGUUUCGGACUGAAGGGUGGUGAGCGAAAUGGCUCGCGCAACAUGCAAGCCCUCAGGUGCCAUAUUCUUCUCACUCAGGAAACUGGCCGGAAUCUUCUCCGCGAGCUUCUCAUCUUCAUCGCUGCUUGGGAUCUUCCGGACGAUGAGCUUUACUUCAAGAUGAUGGUCCAGAUCAUGGAGGCAGUGCUCCGUAAUGGUCUCAUGUCCCACGCAUACUCCGAUUUCGGUCAACCCAAGGACAUUAUUUCUCCCGCUCAGGCCGUGGUUAUCAAGAUCCUGACGCACAUUUUCCGUGCAAAGUACUCUCCCGCAUCUGUGACGGGCUCUAUGCAGGGCAGCGUCCCGCGGACCCCCUCGCCUCUAAGCCGCGUGGACAUCCUCACAGUCCGAUAUAUAUUCACCAUAUUCCGUGGCAACAUCAUCCCGGAAACCUGUGCUCUGAUUUACCUCCAGGGUCAAAUUCGGGCCGAGCGCGCCUUGCCGGAGGAUUUCCCCCUCAACCUGUGGGACAUGGAGCGCGUUUACGAGGGCGUAUACCAAUUCCUGGAGUUCUUCGCCGUGCUUACCGAGAACAACGACUGGAAGAAUCUGCUGGUGAAAUGGGAGAUUGUCUACGAUUUGGUCACCCUUAUUAAGGAGUUGGAAGCCAGUAUUCCCAAGGGUCAACUGAGUUCCCUCUCCUUCGGCUCGGUGCCUCCCCCACCCCCUCCACCGCGUAGUGCCUCUCCUAAUGACCACUCCAAGCCUCCGUCGCCCACACCGGUGGCCGUCGAGCGCCCCUACGAUCCUAGCGACCCAGCAGACCCGCUCGACAGCCACGCCGGCAGCGUCGACUCCCGCCCCGAGUCUCCUCCCAUCACCGAAGAUCCGUCCGAGUUUGAGUGGCGCAAUCUGAAGAAGCUUGUCGUCCUGGUCCUCUCGUCGCUGGUCUGGAAAUGCCCUGAUGUCCAAGAACAAAUUCGUCGCUAUGGCGGCGUGGAAGCUAUCUUGAUGUGCACCUCCUUCGACUCCAACAACCCUUAUAUCAAGGAGCAUGCUGUUAUGUGCCUCAAGUUCCUGCUGGAGGGCAAUCGGGAAAAUCAGCGCUUGGUCGAGGAGCUCGAGGCCCGCGAGGUGGUCAAGGAUGACGGUGGUGUUUUGGAACGCAGCGGUUAUGAGGCCAUGAUUGACCAGGCAGGCAAGCUUGCUAUACGACCAAAGGAUGCCACGGCCUAA